GUCAUGUGGGGGGAUGACUGCCAGGGACCAGCAGGGGGUGCUGGAGACCAUAGUAAAGCGGCACUGUUGCCCAGCGACGAAAGCGCCAACCGUGAAGUGGACCAGAUUAAAGAAAGCAGACCGCCCGAGGUAAAACAUUUGACUGUGCCGUUAAAGCGCUGCUGUGGCCUCCCUUUGUCAGCUGAGGCAUGGGCAGCCCUUCCUCUCCCGCUCUGGAUGAAGCUCACUGUCUCUGGCCUCUGUGCACACACACCUGCUGCUGGGAGGCCGAGCAGCGCAUCUGUAAAGGCAAACCUCGACAGGUGAAGGCCCUUACCCCUAGCAGGGCCUCAGUAACAGCCUCUGAAGAGAAUAGGUUUCCAGCCAUCACUCUGGUUGAUGCAUCAGAGUGGCCUGAUGAUGGGUCACCCUUUGAGGUCUUACCUCUUAAACGUGAAUAUGAGUUCUCAGAAGCCGCUGCCAGCACUCUCAUCAGCCGGGUGGCUUUACCUAAAGGAGUAAGAAGACAAGAAAAUGUCCAGAUUUCCAAUUCCAGCUCAGCCACGCCUCCUCAUCUGGAGACACACAGAGAGAAAAAGACAGUCAAGCUAAGGACUGUCAACAUCAGACGCUUGCCCAGUUGCACCAGUACAUCCCACUCCCCAAAGCCCACAGUGAUCUGGGUUCCUGGGUCUUGCUAUGUUCCACUUCAUGACUACCAGCACAGUGUUAAGUCUCCUAGACUGGCUGUCAAGGAACUGGUUUUCCUCCCCUCUGCUGAAGUGUACACAUCUGUCGAAAACAAGAAAAAUCUCAAACAGGACAAGCCAAGGAAGAGGGUUCUUCUGAAGCAAAUUCCUUUGAAAUCUCAGCUGAACCAGGAAGGGAAGGGCUCACUGAAGUCGGAGUCAGAUCCUGGUUUGUCCUGGCCAGGAUCAGUCAGUGACCGCCAGGUGAAGAAGGCCUCUGCCCCUCCUCAGGUCCACCGUCUUGUUCCUGUGGGACAAACUCUGGCUGCUGCCCCUGAGGCCAAAGGGGACCUGCAGCCGCCCAGUUCAGCUCAGACCCUCCCCCUCAGGAACAAUCUGAUGAUCUUUGAGCCUGUCAUGGAGAGGAUGCAGAUGAGGCACACCCAACAGGAGCCCCAUACCUCCAAAUAUAAACUGGACCCGAAGACUGGAAUGGACGGGAUUGAUUGGCAGAGCCUAAAGCGACAGACGUUGCUGUGGAGGAGGCACACUGUCCAGUGUGGGGGGCCUUCAUCUUCCAAACAUAAGGCAGACUAUAUACCGUGCAGCCUCCACCCGGCCCCCAUACCAAGCUCAGAGUGCCAGUCAAAGGGCUCUUCAACCACAGGUCCUCCUAAAUGCACAAAUUUGCACUUUAUAAAUGGGAUAUGGCAGAACUGUUGUCGGUUCUUGGCAUCUACACCCAUGGACGGCCCUCCUAGGAGUGAUAACUUCAAAUUUUGGUUUUCAACCUGCUUUCGACAAAACCCUGGACAACAUACCAUAAAUGCAAAGCCCAAAAGUGGUGCAAACCUGCAUGGUGAUGGGACCUUGCCUCCCCCAAACUCCCAGCAAAGCUCCAAGGUAUCAAUUGAAAAUAACCAGAAACAGCUGAGAUGUUUGGCAUGAUGCAGAGCCUGAACUUCAGCAGACAACUUUUAAACCACUGCCCCCACCAUCCAUUCUCACCUCUGCUAUUGAACAAGGUUGACGAUGAAGAGGAGACUGUGAGCAAGUCCAUAAAAGUGCCUUAUUAAAUAUUAAAGUGACUUAAAGUGAGUUGUCAUUAAAAAAAUGUGUAAUUUGUUUAAAUGAAGCAAGCUCUGUUGUAUAACGUUGUUUGUGUUUGUGUAGUGCAGUAGGUGUCACUGUAGAGUCAGUGUGAGUAUAAACCUUUUGGAAUAUUAUUCUAAAUAAUUACUAAUUGUUAUAAUAUAAUUUUAAUCCAGAGGGCACUUAUUUUCAGUUAUUUCAGAUGUAUAUAACAUUGGAGGAUUGGCACAGUGUUAGUUAGAAUAGGUCAGUGAGCUCUGUGGGGAAAUAGGGUCAUUCUAGGGUCAGAGCAGAGGCUGUGGAAACUGGGAAGAGAAUAAAAUAGUUUCAAAAUAAAACAAUAAACAUAAAAAUAAAGCUGCAAGUCAGUAUGGACAAAACACCAAUAUCUCUGGCAGAAUGUGAGCUGAACACACUACGUAUUGUCCCUUUGUAGCAGUCCCUCAUUCUUUUGUGUUUGCUGCUAUUUCGUUUUCUUUUUCCCCCAUUCAUUUGUAGUCAGUGUCCACGUUCCUCUGGGUUGAUUGGAGGAUCAUUCAGAUCACCUGUUGCACAGAGUGUGGGGACUGACUCCUCAACAAUGACUGAGAGCAGCUUGGUGAUUCCCCUCAGCCAGUCAGGUUGUGACGGUGCCCAUUCUUUACAGCAUAACCUUAUAUUUAUCAGCAUGUGUUUUAACUACAGAGAGAAAGACUAGGCUGAUAUUUCUCAACGUAAGCAGGUUUCAUAAGCAUAAAUGCUUAAAUGCAUUUCAGAAGGUCAAUUCAAGACAAUUUACCUCUUAAUGGGAAAAAAUAAGGCUCUAAAACUGGAGGAGACUGAAUGAACAGGGUUGUGAACGGAGUUACGAGGUUUUCAUACUGAGACUGGCAGUCUGGCAGCACAACAAAUGAGCGUGUGUUGUUGAUGAUGUGUCUGUUGCUGUGGUGGGUAGGAUGAUGUCACUGUCAAACCACCGGCCUCUUUGGUUGUUUGAGCUUUGCUUGGCUCGUCAGUCCUUUGCCAGAUAAUGAUCCAGUUAUGUGAUAACUUGUUGAUUGAAUUCAUAUAUGCCGUAGUUCCCCAAUCAUUGAAGGUUCGGUAGUCAUUCUGCCUUGAAGAGCUGCUAAACUGAAAAUGUUGGUGUUAUGUUGAGCUUUACUGUCUUGUGAUGAUUACAUACAUCGUUUUUUUAGAGGCUCUCCUCAGUUGACAGCUUCCCGGGAAGCACUGAAACUUUUUGAGUUGAGGUGUGUUGCAUUGAGCUAACUUUAACAUUGCAGCAAGCAUUGUUAGGAGCUUGACUUGGUGAGCUCACAUAGUGCAGAACAGACAGGACAACAUUCAAUAUGUAUACACCAUAUAUAAUAUAAUAAUAUUUACCAAAUACAAUAAAUGUAAAAGACGCCGGUGGCCAUUAUUUGAACUGUAGUCAUCAUUCUGUUGUAAUUCCACAGUGGGUGAGAGUGAGCGUCAUCCUGAGCAUCGGCCAAAAGUGACAUAGACCAGACUGGACGCUGGAAAAUAAAUUACAGUCAUAUUUAGAAUAAUGUUACUAUGCAAUGUUCCUAUAUUUUAUUUGGACCAUUGACUCAAUAGUACUAACUAGCUUACCGUUUACAAAUCAGCCCAUCAGCCGACACCACGAAGCAACCAAUGCCAGACCCACACCGUGCAGCCAAGACAGCUGGACAACGCCAGCUUAGCUUUGCUACAGUUAGCUAGUCAGAUGCCCCUGCCUUGCAUCACUCUUGGCUAGUAGAAAGCAAUUGUUAGCUUUGUACCAUUACAUGAUCUAUUGUUGGCAAAUAUUCAACACUGAUUGUCACAAUACAUAGCAUCAUGGAUCACGUUAGCUGGUGAAGUCAUUUUGCAUGCUAACAUUAGCCAACUAACAUAUCCACUCAAACAGUAUUUUGUUAGCAAGAAAGUUAAGGUUAAGGUAGGCAAACCAGCCACAUCAGAACUAGGAGUCUGAAUGAAGCUAGCUGAGAGUAUUUUGCUAUGUUAGCUUGCUAGCAAUUUGUCAGUGUUAGCAUUAGCCUAGUUAACAUUAGCCACAACAAACACAAUAUCACAAUACGUUUCACCGCCUUUGGAGUAUAUUAGCUUCGACUUUGGACUCUGACUUGGUGUUGUGGUGGGUGUUGGUCAUUUUGUAGAUGUUAGCAGACUCCAUUUAUAAGCUAACGUUGGCUAGAGUUGGACUGUAGGGAAGCGGAGAGUGAAGGCACUUGGGAGUCUGUGUAUGUUUGGUCACACCCUUGGUCACAACCCGCAGCCUACAUUGAACUGCAUUUACCAUAGCAUAGUUCCCAUUUGCAGAAAUUGCUGGGGAGAAAAAAGGUCAUUGAAUGUAAUUUGGGCAUUUGGUCAAUUGGCCUGUUUGGUAAUAAGGUUGCUUUAAUGACUCAUUAUCUAAACAAUUAAUGUGAUAUCAAGUUGUGAAGGAGCCACACAGGUUCAAAUGCCUGGGACUUGUCAUAAGAACUGAUGAAGUCUGGUGAGAGGAAACACCUUCAAGACCAAAAACAGUCCAGUUGCCUGUGAUUCAGUACUUGUAAAUGCUAUGACUUUAGUAAUUUACUUGAUGAGAUUUUAACUUGCCUUUCUUUAUAAAUGUGUUUCUUCUGGAAUAAUGUGAAUGGACUCUGUAAGUGGCCUUUUGAUGCUGUAGAUUUGAACAUCAUCAUUGCAUAUUGUCUGUCCAGGUCGCUCCAUGAUGAUUCAAGAGUCUCUAAGACAUUUAACAACCCAAACCCUGAAGACAUUUCAAAGAGCCCUUUGAAUAAAUGACCUCAAUCCAGUUGAAUAUCAGCGCAAACACUCUGGCCUAAUUUUAGACGCCAAUAACACUGAAUAUUUGUCAUUAGGUAUUAGUGCAUGCUGCUAGCUGCUAAGCAAACAAAUGAUCUCGCUAGUUUGCUAAAGGAAACAAAUUUUGCCCGAACUACACCAAGGCUGAGCGUCGCCAGGCCUGUUUCUAACUCACACACACAAUACAUUCUGUACUGCCAUUUCUUGAUUAAAUGUGACUUAAUGUCCAUUUACUGUAUAUUGGUUUUCCAGCAGCCUCAGGCACAGUGAGCUUUAUGUGUUUGUGUCCCAGUUCCCGUAGGGGAGCCCUGGAACGUUUUCUGUUUACGGCUUUACUGUGAUAACAUUUUCCCCUCUGAAUCACAGGCAGCGCUGUGUAGUGGUGCCACCUUUCCCCUGCCCACUAACAGGACACUCUCUGUCAGUUGGCUACACCACCAGCUCCCACACUAAAGUCCCUUUGAAAUACCAGUUUGUUUAUUCUACUGUACUAAAUAUGCUGUGUGCAGUUUAAGAAACGUCAGAUUCACUGGAGGGAAAGGCAGCAUCUGUGUUGAUGGCUCUGGCCUCUGUCAUUUUAGCUAAAUCCUGCUUCCUUUCUUCAAUUGUGUUUUCAUGCUAACUUACUUCAGGAUCUCCUGACACUGCUUAAACGUUCUCCUUUUUUGGCUUUCUUAUCUACAUUUUUGAUCUGGGAUGUUAUGGAAAGUGACUCCACUUUUUGCUCACCUUUUUAUUUGCAAAACUCAGUGUACCUUCUUUUUAUGCCUUUAGGUGUCAGUUUUUUAAAGUAGACUCAUUGUAUACAUUGUUUUCUGCUGUCUGUAACAAGGAUUGAAAUGUCCUUGCCAAAAUUUAGAAAUCUAAAAUCUGCUCACCCUAACUAACUAUCUUUCUCAUCUAGAAAUACUAUUACUAUUUCUGCCCACCCCAUCACAUGGUUUCCAUUCCAAUUGUGGUCUAUUUAGUUAAAGGGAUAGUUUGGGUGUUUUGAAGCGGGAUUGUGUGAGGUUCUUAUCCAUAGUCCAGUAGACGAGGUGCCCUCAGUUUGGAGAAGCAGAUACGAAUCCCAGAAGGGAAGCAGCUAGCGGUGCACUGCUGUGGACGGGGAUGCAAGAAAACUGAAGGAAACAUAUUUAUCACAUAGAAAAGGCCCACCUAAAAAAACAUUGAGGUAUGCUGUAUUAGAAUUUAGAUAUAAUCUACAAUUCUUAAUAUUCCUACAGGCACUGUAUUACACCACAGAUAUCCCGCCGAUUGUUACACCAGUUGAGCAAGCCUUGAUCAGAACCUUGUGCUGGGCUAUAUGUUGGAAAGACAACCACAUUUUUAAGAUGGUUAAAAGAUACUUUUUAGUUCAGUUCAGUUAGCUAAUGUUAGCUAAACUUUAACUAAGUAGCUAACUAAUUAUUGACGUAAAUUAGCUAGUUAGCUAGCGUUUAGCUAACAUUAGCUUUUAGGUGGAACUAGCCAGCUAAUGAUGGAUGUAGGUUACUAAUGUUAGCUAGAUAACUUAAGAUGUGACUUUAUGUCCCUUUCAUCUUUUAACUGUCAAAAUUUUGUUUCCUUUAUAGAUUAGCCUAGCACAUAGCAUAUCUAAGUACAGGAAAGGAGAAAGUUGACCAAGGUUGUGACCGAGGCUUGCUCAACUGUUAUUGGAACACAGAGCAAAAAGGGGCGGGACUUAGGAAGGGUCAAUACCACCUUCACUACCACGGCAAAGAGAAAAAAAAUAAGAUAGAUUGCGUUUGUCCAGCCUGGGGUUAAAAAUUCUACAUCUGUUUGUUUUUCAUAUUGAUAUAUCUGACAGCCUUAUCAAACAAUCUUGGAUUUAAUCAGCUUUGCAAAUAUUUCAUGAGGAAGGAAAUGCAUGCAACAGUGAAUAUAAACAGUUUUGUUUGUUUUCAAGAAAACUCCACAGGGCGCCUUUAAAUCCACGUGUUGCAUACCUCGGCCUCUCUGUGGAAGGGAUGUGUCCAUCAGUACCUGCAGCACACCUGCUCAUGCCAGACACACAAUGGCCAAGUUAUUGCUAGUAUUGCUCGCACUGUGGCCAGUUAUUGCUGCUCUGCGCUCUCUGCUUUCAUCACUUCUAUUAGAUGCUGUGGAGGAAUGUGCAGGCCGCAGCUUCCCUCUGCCCUGCUGCUCGGGCAGCUGCCAGCUCAAAUCACGACUCCCUUUUGUAUGUGGCUGCAGGACAGCCACACCUGCAGUCACCACAUGUAGGACUAGCCUACCUUUUCAUUAACUUUUAUUCAUCCCCAGGGUAUACGAGUUUGUGGAACAGCCUCAUCCUGCUAAUGAAAAGCCAUCCAACCAAAGCCUUGAUAAAGGAAGUGACCAAAUUCCUCCAAAUGUGUGCUUUUGUAUUUGUAGUGUAGUUUUUGUCUUAGUAACUAGCCAUGUUACUCACAUGUUUAACUUGUAAAUCAUUCUGACCUCUACAUCCUCUAGAUAUAAUGUCCAUUACGGAAAACAGCAUUUUAAACCUAACAACAUUGUGAUUGACUGACCAUUUCUAUAAUAUUGCUACAAUAAUACACUCAUACUGAGUGUUGUACAUGGCUAUACAGAUUGUAAAGCCCCUUGAGCCAAAUUUGUGAUUUUUGAUUUUGGGAUGUAUGAAUAAAAGUGAUUACAUUAUGAUCAAUUCCCGCCCCUUUUUGCAUUGUGCUCCAAUAACAGUUCAGCAAGCCUCGGCCGUAACCUUGGUCAACUUCUUUUCCUGUACUUAGAUAUGUUUCUGUAUGUGCUAGGCUCGUCUAUGUCGAAAAAACAGCCACAUUUUGAAGAAGGUUAAAAAAUAAAAGCAACAUAUACACCGAUCAGCUGUAACAUUCUGACCACCGGGGCACCCUGGUUGUCUAGCCUUCACAGUUUGGUGUUCUCAAAGUCGCUCAAACCCUCACACUGCCCAUUUUUCCUGCAUCUAACACAUCAACUUUGAGGACAAAAUGUUCACUUUUAACCAUCUUCAAAAUGUGGUUGUCUUUUUGGGAAAAACGUUUACCAAGUGCUUGUGGUUUGGUGGGUUCUGUUUCAUAAAUAAGCAAACUUCAUUUAAAAUCCCAUUGACAUUUUUAACUCCGCUAAUAGCUAUAAAAUCCAGCCCUACAACGGAGCCUAAACAGCAUGCCAUGUAGCUUGCCUCAUAUAUAGGAUAUAUCGUAUUGUGAUUUAUUCAGUAUUUCUUUUUGUGAAGUACAAAAAUGAACACCAUUGUGUAGGAAAGCGAUGAAUGUUGAAAACGACCAACAUGAAGGAAAGCUUUAUAUCUCCAUCAGAAGGCUGAUGUGCAGAUACCCACUGUCAGUCAUGGGCAUCCAAAUGCACCACAGCUCAUGACAUAAUCUGCUCACACUCAUCUACGAAAUCUAAUACUCAGCUGGUGAUCAGCUCUGGCUACCCAGUACGAGUGUAUACAGUGCAGACAGUAUGUGUAUGGAGGGGUAAAUGGAGCCCAUUCAGGCUAACAGUGGGAUGAGUGAUGACUGCAGUGUACUAGGAGCUUUUUAAGGACACUAGCAUGAGGAAUGUGGCGGAGACGUAACCUGUGGAGGCGGGGUCACGACUGGGCCUGGGGUGCAUCUUUCACACACAUAUAUAUACACACACUCUCGCACAGCUGAUUCCACACUGAACAUAUAUGUACAUUUAUGUAACGUGUUGGUUGCCCACAGUUGUCCAAAAUGUGUUGAGGUGUUCUUUGUUUCUUCUUGCAUCUACUGUAGACAGACAACCAGGUUAGAAGUGAAAUUAAGCACCCAAAAGAGACUAUUGCAGUGUGGUUGUACAUCCAUAAUGUUAAUAAUAACAAGAGUAAGAAUCUAAAUCCACUAGAGGCCUUGAAGUUUGGAUGUGACAGACAACAUAGUGAUCAUUUUGUUUUCCUACCAGUAGUGGCAAUAAAAAUGUCUAGUUUUUCCAUAUGAUGGUGCUAGAGGAACAGGACGGCAUGUUUUAUCACUUCAAUAUUUCCAUAAUUAACAGAUUGCCACUAGAUUUAAAGUGGCAGCUGUGGGAGAGGGUUGUCUUGUAAUUGGAGGGUUGCUAGUUCAAUUCCCAGCUCACCAAGUCCAGCCAAAUUAAAUUAAAUUAUAUUAAAUUAAAUUAAAUUAAAUUUUAUUUGUAUAGCGCCAAUUCAUAACAGAAGUUAUCUCAGGACACUUCAAAUAGAGCAGGUCUAGACCGAACUCCUUAUAACAUUAUUUACAGAGACCCAACAGUACCACCAUGAGCAAGCACUUGGAGACAAGGGCAAGGAAAAACUGCCUGUUAAAAGGCAGAAACCUAGGACAGAUCCUUCGGCUCUAGGUGGGUGGUCGUCUGUCUCGACCAGUUGGGGUGAGAGAGAGAGAGAGAGAGAGAGAGAGAGAGAGAGAGAGAGAGAGAGAGAGAGAGAGAGAGAGAGAGAGAGAGAGAGAGAGAGAGAGACAGACAGACAGACAGACA